UACGGUUUGGCCUUGAUGCAUUCAAGUAAAUGAUGACAACUUUAAUAGAAUUUUGAAUCGUAUUAUCUCAGUCACGAAAACAUUAACCCUCGGUGACUGAGAACAGGAAAUAAUUAAUGUUAAACAAAUUAACAUAUUUUUGGUUCAUAGUAUACAUAAAACGAUAGACGGGCGACAGUUACUGUGUUAAAUGCCUCACGAUGCAUGAAACAAGCCAAACCUACGAACACUUGCAUAUCAAUACAACAAUAGCUGCAAUGAAUCUAGUAUUAGCAUGUGCCGAGGACUAUAUUUCAUACAGGAACGAAUAUCAAGAUGAUGGAGUUUAAAAUGUAUAAUACAUCUACAAAUGGAUGGUCACAGCAGAAUACAAACGGAACACUUCGCACAGACAAAAUAGAAAGUGGUCAAAAUUUAAAUUAUGACCGCACACUACAAUAUGGAUCUGGUUCGGAAUACAUUUAUGACGAUUAUAACUAUUUCAGUGCUGAAAUUCAUGAGGAAUUUCUCAGUAGUAUUCAUCAACAUACUUCGACAUUUGCCACAUUCCUUUCUAUCUGGACAUUCCUUGUAAAUAUUCUCGUUAUCUUAGCAUGUAUGCGCAACAAAGAAACUCGACAUGUCGGGUAUUACAAUCAGAUAGUGAACCUUUCAGUUUCUAAUCUACUGAUUAGUGUGUUUGUCCUUCCGCUCACCAUUUACCACAUAAAGCAAGAGUGGGAUUUAGGGCAGUUAUUGUGUAAGAUAUACGUCAUAAGCGACGUCUUGCUGCCAUUCUCUUCUAUCUCCAUUAUCAUACUCUUGAAUAUAGACAGACUGAUGUCGAUAAUGCAUCCGAGACUUUAUUCAUGGAUAUUUCAGAAAACACUGAAAACAGCUAUCAUUUGUUUGCCAUGGUUCGUAGCUGUUAUAGUGGUUAUUCCAAUAUGGACUUCUGGCACAAUUCCAUAUGAGAAUGGACCCGGUGAAUGCAUCGUUCUGAUCAGCAAAGAAUCGGCAAUACUGUGUCCAUUAAUAACAUUUUUCAUACCAUUGACUGGUAUAAUAGCACUUACGUUUAAACUUCUUCUGUUAAAGAUCCAGUUAUCCUCUACCACACCGGGGACAUUAGAAAGCACAGGCAUGUCUUUGAAAAACUAUCAGAACCAACAAAACGACGUCGAUUGUGAAAGAAGUGAUUUUACUCGGCGAUCUUUACCAAGUACAAGUACAAUGGAAACCAAAGAGAAUAGAGACGAUCUAGUUGCCCUUUGUGUUGUUAAUACAAUGUUUGCAGUAAUGUGGUUCCCAUUCCAGUGUAUAAGUUUUCUGUUGUCAUUCUGCCAUUCUCCAUCAUGCAUUCCGUCAAUAGGUCUCAAUCAGGUUGUGACCUGGGUUGGAGCCUCCAGUGCUGGAGUAGUUCCAGUAUUUUGGUUCAUAAACAGCAAACUUAGGGCCGGUUUGCGCAAGGAUUGUACAAAAACGACACAUGUAGAAUCAGCAGAGAGUUCUCACAGUGAGGAAACAUUCCUAUAGAAAAUGAUGUUACAAAAUUAUUUUGUGGAUGUCGAUUAUACCGUCAAAAGGUGUACGAUGAUUUACAAUGUCUUUGACAAUCAAUGACAAUAUAGGCUUCUGUGCUGAAUAUGAGUUGAAAGUAGUUGUUUUAAUGUCAAAUAAAGUGGCGGAUUUAUUCAAAAUGACAAAAUGUGUGAUAUUUUGACAAAGGGUAUACAAGUAAAGUAAAAAUAUGAGAAAAUUUGUAUAAAAUACUUUAUUGCCAGUUCUUUGUUCAUUAUCUGUGAUAGUCUGAGAUUAAAGUAGUUGUAACGAAACCAGUUACUUAUUGUUAAAUGUACGACUAAUGUGCAAAUGUUUCAUAAAUUAAAUAAAAACAAAAUAAAUCUACAACUGCAGAUAUGGUAAUAUGCUAAAACAGUCUAAGUGUAAGUUUAACUCCACAAAAGUCAGAAUUUCAGAAGCGAAGGAGUUGCGUAUAUCGCCGUUAGAAAAUGUUAUACCUUAGAUAUAAUCGACAGGAUUUAACAAUGAACCGGGGCAAAAUCCACAGUAUAGAGCUAAUUUUGGUUGUAUCGUUAAGAAUAGUGUUAAUUAACGAUUUUAUCUCGUUGAUCCGUACUUUAAAGGGAAAGAACUCUUCCGUUAUUUUUUGUUGCCUGAGCUAAUGAUUAAAUGUAUUAAUAAAAUCUAACAAUGAUUUGAAGAUAAUAUUGUAUCAUCGUUGAAGGAGAUAUUUAGAUUGAUGGGCCUCCGCCGCCGAGUGGUUAAGUUCACCUGCCUCUCACCGUUAUGAG